CGGAGAUUGGAAAUUAAUAAUAUUGAAUCCUGAAAGUAGCACCACGUCCACUUAGAGAGGCAAAAAGUCGAGGGGAAAAAGAAGACCUUGGAGAAACGUGUGGUUGGUUGACACAGACGGGAAGGAGAUUUACUGAGAAGGAGAUUGAAAAGAGACCGAUAAAGAAGUGGGGAGAGUUGGAGAGAGGGUUACAAGCAAGGUAUGAAUUCUUAUUUCGCAAACCCGUCGCUCUCCUGCCAUUUAUCCGGUGGUCAAGACGUCCUGCCUAACGUCCCCCUGAACUCCACCACCUAUGACACAGUCAGACAUUUUUCGUCGUACGGUGCCGCUGUGACCCAGAAUCGGAUAUAUGCACCUUUCUACUCUCCUCAAGAUAAUGUCGUGUUUGGGUCUGGCAGGGCACAGUACGAGUAUGGAUCAAACGUGUUUCUUCAGGACAAGGACGUGCUGCCCAGCUGCAGGCAAACAAACAUGGGACUCAAUACACAAAGCCACAUUGCUCAAGAGUACAGUCUGGAUCAAGGAAGAGCAGGAGCCCAGGAGCAGAAAAGUAACAUCCCGAUCUACCCGUGGAUGCAGCGAAUGAACUCACACAGCGCAGGAGUGGGCUACGGGACAGACCGGCGCAGAGGACGUCAGAUAUACUCCCGCUACCAAACCCUCGAGCUGGAGAAGGAAUUUCAUUUCAACCGCUACUUGACCAGGCGCAGACGCAUCGAGAUCGCGAACGCGCUUUGUUUAACAGAGCGGCAGAUCAAAAUCUGGUUUCAAAACCGACGCAUGAAAUGGAAGAAAGAGAGCAACCUGACCUCCACGGUGACUGGAAGUGAACAGACAGGAGGCUCUCAGGAGGAGGAACGCAGUGGCGCAACGCAAGAAGGGAAGGACGAGGACAAGAAGAAAGAAUAGUGGGAAAAGAAGUGGAGAAAUAAAAUAAAAAAAAAAAAAACACCUGAUGACCAUUAAAACCCAACAUAACUACCUAAAAAUCUAUAUGGACUUGAGAGCGGCUUCACUGCAUGAUGGCUACCCCGCAGCUCUCCCACUUUUAUCUCAUGAUGACCACAGGAGUGUUGAGCCUUAGAGAUCCAAAUUAUUUCAUCCACAGUAAUUGCCCUGUGACAUUUGAAGCAUUGAUUUUUUUUUUUUAAUCAUUAUUAUUAUUGCGAUGUCACACUUGUAUUGUGGAAAUAAAAAGAAGUAUUAAUUUCUACCUUGUAUCUCAUGCCAGGAAAUCUAUGUAUUCAACCCCCCUACACCCCAUCCAUCACUGUGAGCUCUUUGAUCACACCACCAAAUACAGUGUUGGUCUGACUAAACUCAUUAUUGUACAUGCACAUUCCACGGAAGGAAAAGGAGCGGGCGGACACUUGAUCACACUAUAAUCCAGUACUUGAACAGUCCGCAAGAACAAAA